UCAAAGUGUUCGCUUUGAAAUUGGAAUAGUUCUUCGAUCAUUCUAAAGUUGUUUUUUAUAAAAAUCUACUAGAAAUAUGCGAAAUAUAUCCAUAUUUAUUUGUACUGUGUUGAUAUGCCAAGCAAAUUUGUCUACUGCAUUUUUGUGGACACUUUUUAAUGGCAUUUUUGGUGGCGGGCAGCCCAUUCAGCCUUCUAUUUACGCGCCAAUGGGUCAGAACAAUCAAACGAAUCAAACGAAUCAAAGCAAUCUCAGUCCACUACAAAUGGCACAAAUGCAGGCACAAGGAUGGCCCACCAUGAGCUUUAAUUAUCCAACAACAGGCAUUGCAGGAGCAUUUGAUGAUCUUGCACGAGGUGUCGGCGGUUUUGGCGCUGGAGCAACUCUAGGGGUGGCCUCACUUGUAACUGGUGUGCUUCAAGCCUUCAAUAGUUUGUUGGGUGUACUAGGUCCUGGAAGUUCUCAAUAUGGGGCUAUGCUACCACAAAACAACACCAAUGCAACAACAAAGGGAGAUAAAUCUUCAAAGGGAGAUCAGUCAAAUGAUGCUCCUGCAGAUGGUUGAUUUGUGAAAAGAGUAAUAAAUACGAGCUAAAUGAAUAAAUAAAGCAUACCAAAUCGGUACAAAAAUUUGAGAUAAAUCGAGAAA